AACAAAUGUUAUACUGCUGUUAUAUUAUAAUCAAUCGAUUAUUUAUCAGUAUCGAUAACAUUUGAAAUUGACAGCUCUUAAAAAAAUUACUGAAUGUUGCCCUUUGCAAAUUUUUCCCAUGGCGUCCGAUUUUUUAAUCCUGGCUACGACCCUCGGGGGACGAUUUUGUAACAGCUCAAACAAAUUAAAAUGUAUCGCUCCAAAUCCUGUGACCGAGGGGGAGAGGGUGCUUUAAUCUUGUUUUUGAUGGGCGUCAUUUAUGAACAGUGCCUACAUUUUAAUCACAAACAAUGUCAUAUUUGAUGUUUGAUAUUCAAUUUUGAUUUUAAGAAAAAUAAUCGUGAUCCAGUUUGAUUCAAAUUCUAUAAAUAAUCAGAGAUCGAAGCUAUUUAGCUCGGCGUAAUUUAAACAAAUGCACAUGUCAUGUUUUUAUCAAAACUUAUCGUAAAUCAUUUCAGUUUCAACAACAAAUUCACAAAACUCAUUCAGUUAAGUUUAAUCGGAACCUUACAUGACAAUGAGCUGUGGAAUGCAACAAAAACCAUCAAUAGUUGAAGAAAAGGUUGAGGAAAUUUUUACAAAAUCAAAAACUUCAAUCAAUGGCACAAUUGGACCAAGAAAAGAACCUGAGGAAAUAUUCAAAUGUUCAGAAGAAAACCUGCUGCACACUGACUCAUACAGCAAGUGGUAUAAAGAAACAUAUAAAUUAGGAGUAAAUGUGGUUGUUCGGAAGAUUACAGAUCUAACGAAAGAAAACGAAAUUAAAAUUAGCAAUGAAAUAAAAUUAAACAUCAAGCUUGCAAAUCAGUAUGUCAGCUCUUUCCUUAAAUUUUACAAGAUUAAGGCUGGAUAUGAAUGUGUUUAUGUCAUAUAUGAAUCAUGUCAGUCUACAAUCGAUAAAUUUAUGAAAGAAAAUGCUGACAAAUUGAGCAAAAAAGAAUUCUCAGACUUAAUCAUAGGAAUUAUGAAAACUUUUGGGAAUCUUCAUAAUAAUAAUAUAAUUAUUUUAAAUAAAUUCCUAUCCUGGAAUAUGGCAUAUUGCUUGGAAAAUGGUGAAUUAAAGUUUAAAAUAUUGAAUUUGACCGAAGCUGAGGAUGUCUCAGAACAAGCUUCAAAAUGUUACAAGAAUGACAUAAAACAAUUUGGAAAACUUCUUUUUUCAAUUGUAACAAAAGCGGAGGAAGUGGAGGAAAGUUAUGAUCACAAUGCCAGUUUAGGAACUUUUGAUGGCAUAAAAGACUUUAUUAACACUAAACUUAAGGACUUAAAGUGCAUUGAAUCUUUUAAAAAGGAAUCAUUCGCUGAUUUAAUUGCUUCAAUGAUGGAGAAUAAGGAAAGUUCAAUCUUAAACUAUCUGGACUACUCAUUCUUCUGGGAUACGCCAAAAAUUGAAGAAUGCUUUAAAGUCACCAACAGUUGGAUCUAUAAAAAAAAUAAGGAUAUGGAGAAUAAGUUUAAUGAAGAAUUCAAAUAUGAAAAUUGGAAAGAUAAAAUUACUGAAAGUGUUAUAAAGCAAGAAAUUACACGUGGAUAUGGCAAUACAGGAGCUGAAAUGAUACGUUUUAUGAGGAACAGAAUUGGGCAUAGUAAGGAUUAUAAAGAUAAAUGUGGAAGAUAUUUUUAUGAAAACGAACUAGAACCGUGUGAAUAUUUUUUUGAAAUAUUUCCAGAGCUAUUUUACAAAUUAUCAAAGUUCUAUAUUGAAAAUGAAUUGUAUGUGCCACAUAAACAAGAUUCCAAACCAAAACCAAAUCAAGAAAAAUUUCAACAGAGUUCAUCAUCAUCUGCGCCUCAUGGCAAUUCCGCUAGUUAUAAUAAUAAACUCCGUAUAGAACAUAUUGCGUUGCAAAAAAUGAGCAAAUUUGAAAAUAAGAAGCAAUAA